CCCCAUUGUAGGGGCUGUGUGUGUGUGUGUGUGUGUGUGUGUGUGUGUGUGUGUGUGGGAAGGGAGCCUAUUAUUGCUUGAACUGUGUGUGGACUCUGGUCUCAGACUGUUGGAAGCAGAGGGCAUUCUGGCACACAUGAAACCAUGGACUCAACCUUGAUGAUCCCGGUGUUGUUGGCGGUGUCUGUAGUGGUAGUAACAUUGUUGUACUUCCUCCUUGGAGAUUCUGAAGGAGGAAAGGGGAAGUGUCCUGUAACCCUCAAGGAUCCCACGAUCAAAUACCCACUACCACUCAUUAACAAACAGGAAAUCAGUCAUGACACAAAGAAAUUCCGGUUUGGCCUUCCAUCUGAGUCUCAUAUCCUUGGACUGCCAGUGGGUCAGCAUGUUUACCUGUCAGCUAAGGUGAAUGGCUGUCUGGUGGUCAAACCUUAUACUCCAGUCUCCAGUGAUGAGGACCAGGGAUUUGUUGACCUUGUGGUUAAGAUAUACUACAAAGGCACCCACCCAAACUACCCAGAUGGGGGCCAGAUGUCUCAGUACCUGGACAACAUGGCCAUCGGAGACACUAUUGACUUCAGAGGACCCAGUGGGCUUCUCAUCUACGAGGGCAAGGGUGUGUUUUCUAUCCGAGCCAACAAGAAGACAGAGCCAAAUGUUCAGAAAUUCAAACAUGUUGGAAUGAUCGCUGGUGGAACAGGUAUCACCCCAAUGCUGCAGUUAAUCCGAAGGAUCACAUCAGAUCCGGCCGACAACACCAAGUGCUCUCUCAUAUUUGCGAACCAGACUGAGAAGGAUAUUUUACUGUGGGAUGAGCUGAAGGACGUAGAGAAGAAUCACCCUGAGAAGAUUAAAAUCUGGUACUCUUUGGACAAGCCUCCAAAAGACUGGAGCUACGGUUCAGGCUAUGUGACCCAUGACAUGAUUAAGGACCACAUUCCCGCUGCGUCCAGAGAUGUCCUCAUCGUCCUCUGCGGACCUGCACCUAUGAUCCGUAAUGCUUGUCUGCCAAAUCUGGAAAAACUUGGACACAAAAAAGAAAAUAUUUUUGCUUACUAGUCAUGAUAAACAAAUCUGUUAUUGUUAAGUUUGUUUUUUUUAAAGGUAAAAAAAAUCCACAGCAUAUAUUUUUAUUAUAUGCCUAAUAGCCACCUAAUCUUAGAGAUUAAAAAAGUGUUUCUACAUUACACUUGUGAACUGGUUUCUACAGUGACUCAGUAUUCUCUAUAAUGCUCACUUAGAGGAACUAUACUAAAAAAAACAUAACUCCAUUUAAUGAGAAAUUAAUUUAUUUUAUAUUGUACAUUCAUGUAAUUCAAUUUCAAAUCUAAAUAAAAUGCAUAAAAUGCAAUAAAGCAAACCUGAAAUCUUGG